CUCACACACAAACAUACAAUCGUCGCUGUACAUACAUACAAGACACGAGAGAGCAGAGCUAAAAAAAAGUGAGCACCUCCAGCUCGUCGGCAACAAACGAAAAGUGCCCUCCCAACACAGCGUUAUCAUGUUCGUCUCUUGCCCCACGAUAGCCUUCUGGCACGUACCGACUGUCGAUAGACUGACUGCAGCUGCGCAUAUCUGCGGCUGGGCCACAGCCCAGCCACAGAUCCCAGUGGCCAAUCUGCAGUCUCGCUACCCCAAACACCGCCCCCUGUCUGCCAGCCACAUCCACCCCCGUUCUGGUCUGGUUCACAUCGAUCCUUCGCGGUGUGUCAAAGUGGCCAGCUAGAGAAAAAUGGCUCACAUCACACUCGUAGGUGUUGACAGCAGUGGGCUCAUCCGGCAGGGUGAUGCCGGCACUGAUCCAUGCGCCGAAGAGGUACUGAUUCGCGCGAAUGACGAACACCAGUUCCUCCGUGUUGCCAACGCAGCGCAGCAGAUCGUCAUACGAUGGCCCAUCACGUGUGGAACUGAUGAAGGAGAGAGCGAGAUGCAGAGAGCACCGGGAUGGCGGCUGCGCUUGUGCGUACCGAUAUAGGGAUCGAAGAGAGUUGUCUGCGUUCAUCCAGUAUCUGAUGAGCAUGUCCUGCACCGUGGUCAGCGUGCUCUGGGGCACCAGCGCCUGCAACCACACACAUGACAUGAAAGAAAAGAGAGCGUGGUGACUCACUGACACAAGUCAGUCAUAGAGAGACCCUCUCGUCAAUCACCCUGUUCCAGGUACCUACCUACCGUCAUGAAGUCGUGCACUUGUCGUCUCAUCGAUGACAGUCCCGCCUCCAUGUCGAUGUCAUCCUGCAGGCCCCACACCUCGACGACCUUGCCGAUGUCGGCCAGGGUCAGCGAAUAGGCAGCUGUGGCGCACUUGUGGAGCAGAGCUAUGUCGUCCCGCUCUGACCAACCAAACGAUGACAUAUCGCCUAUUCUGCGGCGCGUGUGUGUCUGUAUGUGUGUGGGUGUGUGGGUGUGUGUGUAUAGAUACCCACCCCUUUGAUCAUUCAUCUGGGCUACUGCACAAAUGCCAACAGACACGCAGAGUGCAUCCACAGACUGCCUUCGUUGGUUCGUGUGUGUGCAGGUGACCUGAUCGCACGUGGGCUUCGACUGCUGCUGCCAGUGCGUAGUUCUUGGGCACCUCCUCAUUGGCCGGAGUGGUCACCCUGGGUACAGAGAGAAGCAUCACAGCCCUUAGCCCUUUUCUCCACCCCUACCGGCAUCUGUAUGGGCACGUGAUGGCGCCAUUCCUGGCGUGCCGCUGCAGAUCCAUGACACACUGCACACAUGCAGUACACGACAGGAAAGAACGAACCAAGGCGAGCAUUACAGCAGCUGGCUGCCUCUGGCGCUUCUCACCCCUGCGCAGAACGAGUGACCUGGACACACAAGCGAAAUACACACACACACACACACAAAUUAAGAGCUGUUGCAUGUGACUGGACUCACACGAUGUUUCUUUGCCUUACCGCAUCUGAGUUGUCGCGGCUCGUGCCUUGCACUGCUCUCGAAGGCAGCAUGACAGAUGGUGCACGCCAGAUGCUCAUGCUCAUCAGGGAAACCUGCUUGUUCUGCCAUCACGGAUGAAUGAAUCUCACUAUGAAUGCAAUUCUCCUCUUCAGAGGGGGGCCAGCUGGCCAGCUAUUCUACCCGCCCAUCACUUGGAUAUUCC